AUGGAUGUUAAGAAUGCUUUCUUACAUGGUGACAUUAAGGAGGAGAUUUAUACGACGCCACCUCCAGGUCUCUUCUCGCUGCCCUCUUCUGAUAUUUUUAUUAAGGGGAUUGACUUUGCAUUGAUAUCUCAUCUUCAAGAACGUCUUAAGGACUCUUUUUAUAUGAAGGAUUUGGGUCCUUUACAGUAUUUUUUAGGCCUUGAGGUUCAUUCGAGUCCAACCGGGACUUACCUACAUCAACAUAAGUAUACAAAGGAGCUGAUUAACCUAGCUGGACUUCAAGAUGGUAGAUCUGUUGAUAAUCCUAUAGAGGUGAACGUGAAAUAUCGCAAGGAGGAGGGUGAUCUUCUUCCUGAUCCCUUAUUAUAUCGACAAUUGCAAGUUUGCCAAUUUAUGCAAGCCCCACGACACCUCCACUUGGCCACAGUUCGUUGCAUUAUUCGAUACUUGUUUGGUGCACCUAAUAAGGGUCUUUUCUUUCCUAUAAACACUCCUCUUGAUCUAGUUGGUUAUAGUGAUGUCGACUGGGCCGGAUGUGCAUAUAGUCGUCAGUUAAUUACAAGAUGGUGUAUGUUUCUUGGGAGUGCGCUUGUUUCAUGGCUAAGUAAGAAACAAGAUCGUAUCUCUAAAUCCUCCACCGAGUCUGAGUAUCAUGCUAUGUCUUCUGCUUGCUCUGAGAUUGUUUGGCUUCAAAGUCUUCUGUCGGAGCUCGGUUGUCCAUGGCUUAUGCCUACUCCUAUCUAUGCUGAUAACACUAGUGUCAUUCAAAUUACUGCUAAUCCUGUGUUUAAUGAACGUACUAAGCACAUUGAAGUGGAUUGUCACUCUAUACGAGAAGCUUAUGAUGGUUGUUUGAUUACUUUUCCACGUCACAACUGA